AUCGAGGGUAUAUGGAGGAGGUGGUUGGACUGGUGGCCACACUCGAGGGCGUGGUCCUGCGUAGGGAGGCACAGUUGUCUGUCGCGGGCAUUCAGAUGCCUUCAUGGUCCGGUCAGCCGCAGGCCAGGCCACCUGGGCCUAAUUGGGGAGCUGGGCCAUCUGGGCCUUUUCAGGGAGUUGGGUCACCCGGGCCUUUUCAGGGGGCGGGGCCAUCUUGGCCUUCCCGAGGAGCUGGGCCAUCUAGGCCUUUUCGAGGAGCUCGAGGAGGGCCUGUCCGCAGACGCAGGACUCAUGUCGUAGAGGUGGAGCCUGAUGAGGAGGAGGAGGAUGCUGAGGAGGAAGAGGAGGCUGCCGAUCGUCAGUCAAAGACAUCUGCUGAGGAGGGGGGCUCCGGUUUUGGUUCGGGAAACAGAGGCGGGGCUGAGGGGGAUCCUGAGGAUGACAGCUCCGACUCAGAUGAUGAUGGUGCAGAGGUUGUCCCACAGAAGAGGAUGAGGAGUGCUUCUCGUUCCCGCUCCCGAGGACAUUGAUGUUGCUAUUUCCUGCUUUAUUUUUCUUUUUGCUAGUAGUUUGUAGCACUUUGCAUAUUGUUAGGAAGUUUUAUUUUCUGUA